UGAUUUGGGUCCUUGACAACGUGGAAGACGCGAAAGAUGUGUUUGUUUUGAACUUGUGUGAAUAUUCCCAAUCACAGAACAUGGUCGCCACUCUGUUUAGAGUCAGCUUGUAAUAUAGCUCUUCUUUUUGUUGUGUUUGUUCUUUAUAUACCAUGAUGCCCGGGGACACCCAGCCUAAAACUGUGGCAAUAGCCUCAGACGCGACGCCUGUGAACUGUCAAAAUUGCUCUGUUUUACACCAGAGUUUAACGGAGUAUAUAUCAUCAUUUUUGACGCUGAAACAAAAAAUUGCAGUCUCUGAUGACACUAUCACUCUGCGACAACAGUACAAUGACCUUCAGCGCCAAUUUGUCAUUUUGGAGAAAAGAACAGAGGAUUAUGAGUCCGUGCAAACAGAGUUGGAAGAAAAAAAGAAGAUUCUUUUGGACUAUGAUCAGUUGUCUAAAGAGGUUGAAAAGUUGAAGCAAGAAAACAGUAUUACACUGGCUGAGAAUGGGAAGCUUGAUACCCAACUCACAGGCAUUGAAGAACUAAUGGACUCUAAGUCACUUGAGAAUGCACAGCUAAAACAAGAAAAGGCCGUUUUGGAAAAUGAUUUGCUGAACGUAAAAAUAUCGUUGAAGAAACUAAUGGAAUCGCAGUCACUUGAGAACGCACAGCUAAAGCAAGAAAAGGCCAUUUUGGAAAAUGAUUUGCAGAAUGUAAAAAUAUCCUUGAAGAAAUCUGAAGAAAAUGCAGAAAAAGUUGAAAAAUUGACAGCGGAUCAAGACAGAUUAACAAACAUAAAAGAAAAGCUUGCCAAUAGAGUUACGCAGCUCGAAGAAUCGGUUUCCCAAAGGAAUGAUCAAAUAUCACUGCUGAAUAGGGAAAAGAUGCUGCUGGAGAGAACCAUUUUUGACUUUCAGGGAAGAUUGAUAAAACUUGAAAGAGAAAGAAACAAAGAAUACAGGAGUGUAUCAACUCAGGCACGAUCAUUGCCAGAACAUAAAGUUGAUAAAGAAAAGGUUCGAAUUCUUCUCGAGGAUAUUUGGGCUUGUGUGGAACCGCAACACCAGCAGUCAUCCAAUUUGUUGCAUUUAUGUGUGCCCACCUCCUCACAGAGCAAAUGUCAGCACAAUGAAAGCCUGACUCCUUUCCAUGGUUUUAGUGAUAUCCAAAGACCCCCCACACAGAAGAAAUCCACUUACACUCAGUUGAAAAUGUAUCCACGUGCGAAGAAACGAAAACUAUCUCCGCUAACAAAGAAAACAAAUUCCAAACUACAAACAUUUUCAACAAACAAUCAAGUCAAACCAAAGGAGCCUUGUGAUACCCCUGAUCCUGCCGAGAUAUUGGAAUGGUUCAAACCUCUUCCUCCUUGCCUGUCACCAUUGCUGGAAUCUGAGAACGGAUCAGAGUCCAUGGAGACAGAAACAGAAGAUGUCACACAUCAUAAUGAACAGGAUUUUCCAGGCACAGUGACCAAGUCCCUUUCUCCAAAAUCUCUUUCAACAGCCCCAGAGGAAAGUGUAGAUUUUUCUAAUGGCACAACACAUGAAAUUGAAUGUAACUCCAGUAAACAUGAUUCAAGGGUCACCAUAGAGCUGGAGGGCCCCAGCAUGAAUAAUGAGGAAAUUCAGUAUGGAAAAAAUACCGUGGAGCAGUUAGUAUCAAUUUCUACAUCAGAUACUGCUGUUUCAGUUGAGGAUGCUCCAACAGGCACUACGGAACUGGAGAUAUGCGCUGCAGAACCUGCCACUAGUUCUGCUUCAAAUAGUGUACAAGUAACAGACAACGGUAACCCAAGAUAUUUACAGGAACAAGCUAAAGGAAAACUAAUCGAAGAUGAGUGUGCUAUUUCAGAGAACGAUGGCAACAAAAUAUCUUGCCGCAAAACCCAAGACACUCUUUGUGGGGAAUCUCCUAAAACAAAAACUAUCAUGAAUGAAGUAUUUGAUACUUUUUCAACUUGUAACAACUCUGUAAAGGACACGGACAAUUUAUAUAAGGAAGAAAAGCCUGAACAGAAAAAUGAGGAUCACAACUCGUGUCAUUUAAUGCAGGAAACUCAAAAUGUGGCCGCCUUUAAUCCACAAGAAAAUGCAGAGCAUGAAAAAAAAGACUCAGAAACGCAAGAUGACCUGCACACAGCAGGCUGUGAAAUUAAUUGUAGCACCAUCAAUAAAGAAAGUGAAGAUCUGAAUGAAAAUAAGGGAGUCUGUCUCAUAGACAAACCACAGCAAGAAGCCCAAGAAACUAGAAGAGGUGAAACUAUACCUCCUCCAUCAGUUGCAAGCAGCAUACCCCCUGUUCCAAACAUUGAUAUUGCUGAUGAAACCAUUGCCAACAAUAUACCUUUUGUUGCAGAAGCUCCACUGACCAAUCUUCAGAACUCCACAUUGACAAAAGAGAAAUCAUUUUCUGACUCAGCUGUCAAAUGUAAACCAAAAGAAAAUAUACAUCUGCUGUGCAGUCAUUUGAGUCGUUCUUCAUUAUUACCCAGUGUAAACACACAUGUAACGGAAAAACAUACAAAAACAGAAAAGUAUCCUAGAAUGAACAGAAAACACCUAGUAACCAAGAAAGAGCUGAAAACUUUUCAGAAUGAGUGUGAUGUGGAAGGGGCUGUUGUCAAACUCUUUCCACUUGACAAACCUUGCAAUGAACAAAAUGUUGACAAUAAAAAGCAUGCCGUUCUAUGUGCAAAUGGACAAGGUAAGUCAGAAUUUUCAGCUGAAAUGCCUGACAACCAAAACCAGGACAUGAUCAAAAGCAGUGCAUCCACCACAGCUGUCCCAGUGACAAGUGCUACUGAAGAACCCAAUGGGCAGUUGCAGUUAAUAGGUGAAGCUUGCAUUGAAAUCGGUCCACCCCUCCCUCCUCUCAUCACUCCUCUUAAGACACCCCCAAAAGCAGGCAAACCAAUCAAUCCAAGUCAUGCCAUUGGAAAAAUUUCCUUUCCCUCCCCAAUGGAUGGAUUGGCCUCUCCUUCCACUCAAAUCCAGACAGCUGUUUCUCCCAACAGCCAAAACGUGAAUUCAGCAUUAAAUCUCAGCAGUCCUCUCACUCAAAACAGAUUACCCUCAUCACCUCUUCAGUUUGGCUCUGCAACCCCAAAACAUGCAGUGCCUGUCCCAGGUCGCCUGCCAUCUGCUGUCAAUUCCUCACCGUCCACAGCCUCUUGCCCAUCUCAGGAAAACUCUGUGAGGAUUCUGGAUAGCAUGUACCCAGACCUUUCUCCACAUGCACGCACGUUGAGCAUUCUAAGAGGGAACCUCAGUGUCAGUUCUUCAGAAAGCAACACCUCACCAACAACAACUGACAGUCAGAUGUCCAGUUUUUCAACCGUCACGUCCACCACUACCGCAUUCACCAAGACUGAGAUGAAUGGGAACAAACGACUUGCCGUAGAGUUGCCUCAACCUAAAAACAGCAAAUGUCUCAGAUUAGAUGGCAGCUCUCCGGGUGUCAGCCAAGUAGUGGAUGUUUCUGUGAUAAAUGGCAGCUCUGAUUCACCAUGUCGAACAGAAAAGCUAAAACCAACCCAAUGUAAUGAACGCGUUACAUCAAUGGAAUGUGGAGAACCUGUUGAGAAAAAUGUUAUAAACCGACUUUUGAAGAGGAUUGAACACCAGGUCUUUGAUGUGUUACCUGUCAUCCAAAGCCACAUCUAUGUUGGUAACAUGCCCACAAAGCCAGUGCUGAGAGAUGAGGAGAAAGAAGUUAUUUCUGAGAUUUCCCAGAGCAGUUUGGCAAAUGAUAUGACAUUAGCCAUCUUGAAAAAAUUUAAAACGGAAGAGCUGGACAUUGAUGGAACAUUUGCACAGGCCCUGUGCAGAGUCUACACAGCUAUCUGUCGACAGAAGCGAGACUUUGAAAAAGCUCAUGUCCUAGCUUAUAGCUUGCUAGUUGAAGAUUUUCCCAAUGUUGCCAAACUGAUUUUGUUUAUGGUGACAACAUGGCCCAGUGUUUUGUCGCAUAGCAGCCUUCUAUGCCAGGCUAUACAUACAGUCACUAAACUUAAGGCAACAGAAGAUAUCUCAAAGUGCCUUUCAGCAUACCUUGGAUGGGAGCAGAGCCCACCCUGUGGUAUUGAACUUCUAUUGUCUAGGACCCUGUCAGAGAUGCGGUCAGGGUCAGGGCUGUCUUUCUUGAAACACAGUCGAUAUGGUGAUGAUCUGGGAACGAAGGCUUGGGACCAGGUUUUCACCAUCCAUCUCCUCUGUGUACAGAAGUCAUGGAAGUGGAGCUAUGAACAUAUCUUGAGUAAAGAGUUGUGGCCGCUCAUGAACACCUGGGUGUCGCAGCCUCGAGAACAGCAAGUGCCCAUCUCUGAUGUGACAGUGGCAACCGUCCUGCGGCUAAUUGGGCUUCUCGGUCAGUGGGGAAUCAAAGAAAAGAACAUCUCUUCAGUAUUAACUGUGGCCAAUGUGAUCAAUACUUUUGGAAGGCACAGCCAGACUGAAGGUGUACCGUGGGAAGUGCAGUUAGCAGCAGCGCACUGCAUGUUUGACCUGUCACCAUGCAACCCCAAAGAAUCCCUGGAUGCACUUGCAGGAUGGCGGGCAGAAGCCGCACAAAAUGUCCCCUCUGCCAUCACAAGCUACAUUUUCCAGCUGGCCUCGAUCUGCAGAGAGGUCAAGAAAUGAGUGGCGCAUACUUUUCAAUGUCAUUUCUGGAAAAGCUUGAAAAGAACACUAACUUCAGCUAAUGUUGACCAUAGAUGUGCUGAGCAAAUUGGUUAAUUUAGAUCAUGUAUGUAAAGAGACGUUUUACAGUACACUCAAGUGUGCUUUUUUUCCACAGGAACUAGGGAAGAAUUUUAAGUGUUUUUCCCCAUUAUUUUUGAUUAAACAUUUUUUAACUAUUAACUUUCAUUGUAUAAAUCGCAACAACUGUGUUUAGGCAAUGUUUUAGAUUGUUAAUGUGUUUGUCGGACUCUGGUGUGCUUGGUAAUGUUUCGUGUAAAUACAAAUUCGGUGUUUAUGAAGAGCCCACCACAGUAAUUGUUUGUACAUAUUCAGAGAUUAUUUAUUUUUAUUAUUAAAGAUAUACAUUCAGUGUGUAAUAAAAUCUGUGUCUCGACA